ACCUUGGCUUAUUUUCUUCUACUUCUCCUUCUCUUUUGCCAUCUUAGUCCAGCCUUUUUAGUAGGAGAGCAUAUUUUGUUUUUAUUAUCAACAAUCCUUUUAUUCGAAUAAACAAAUGGUUGAUGACUGCGGGUGAAUUGAAUAAACCUUUUGUCGGGUCGCUUUGCCUUUUUCCCUUUUUCCCUUUUUCCCUUUUUUCUUCUUUUUUACGCAAUUGCAUUCCGAACACUUUUCAUAUUGACACAUUCAUUCGCUCAAGUCCUGCAUCAUCCACUUACUCAUCUCAAAAGAUUAGGAAAAGAAAAAAAAAAAGUGUGAAACACAACAAUGUAUCUGAAUCAGAAAUCUAUUCAAGCGCUGGAAAAUCUGAAGAACUAUCCGCCAAGUGUAGACAAUUAUCAAGCCAAGAAACGCUCGGCUGUGUUAGUAGCGCUUGUAGCCAAUAAUGAAGGCGAUCUUGAGGUCAUUCUCACAGCUCGCUCUUCUUCUUUACGUACUGGUGCUGGUGAAUCUGCAUUUCCUGGAGGCAAGCAGGACCCUGAGGAUGCUGAUUUGAUAACGACGGCUAAACGGGAAGCGUUUGAGGAAGUUCGGUUAUUGCCUUCUAAUUCUCAGGUAUUGACAGUACUAUCACCUGUACUCUCUCGACAUCUGCAUGUUGUCACACCUGUAGUCGCCUUUUGCCCCGACCUGAGGACCACAGACCUUACCACCCUCCUCCGCCCAAAUCCUGGAGAGGUCGCUGCCAUUUUCACAGAGCCUCUUGAAUACUUCCUCAGUCCUCGCCCAGGAGACUACAAUUGGUUUGAUAUGGAUUGGAUUUCAAAUCAUCGGGUCCACAGGUUCGAGCGAUGUGGGACCCAUAACUUUAUCCUUGAGAAGCUGGAGAGUUCUGGGCAGUUGCCACAGACAGCAACAACAACAUCAUCAUCAAACUCAAGCUCUGUGUCGAAUAGUGGGGAAGAUAAGCAACUCGAGAAAAAAGAAAUUGUUGCUCAAGAGAAUCCAACCAAGGUUGGCUGGGCUGUAUAUGGUCUCACAGCAGGGGUGCUCAUCGAAGUUGCAAAGAUUGCCUAUCAACGUAACCCAGACUUUGAAACUUUUGCACCAGGGCAAACCCUGAACAAUGAAUCUGUGGUAGCAUGGUAUAAUCAGAAAUAUGGUCCCCAGCCUGUGUUAUAAUGUAAAUAAAAGUAUGUG